AUGGUUGAUUAUGUCCCAAACAAGAUUGUUGGCUCUCAUUUCGGCGAUUUCCGGCUGUGGCAAACAGUUGCCCUCAAGAACCUCACUUCUUCUAUGAAGAGUACAAUCGCUUUCUCGUCCAGCGGCGAAUGGCUUGCCAUUCCUGACGGCAAGUACGCAACGCUUUGGAAUACUUCAAACCGAACGGCAAUUCGCACGUCAAGAGACCAAGGCGAAAACAUUCAAGACGAGAACGAAAACAUUCAGGUUGCUGCUUUUUCACCAAAUAGCAUAUACUUAGCGACGGGUGGGACCAGGCUGAUUAUCUGGGAAGUCGCUACAGGGCUAAAUUUCUCUCAUAAAUCUUUCAAUGUGGGCCAGAAUGUCCAAUACAUUGCAUUCUCCCCAGAUAACACACUUGUGGCUUGUUCCUCUGCCUCUAAAGUCGGGGUUUGGAAUAUUCAGUCGGGGAAAAAGCUGUUCAAAUUCUCACAUCCAAAUUCUCGUGCAGUACCUCUAAUCUUUGCCUCCGUUGGCACACGACUGAUUUACUGUCCGUCUUAUGAUGGCCGAAUGUGGACCCAAGACCUUACUACUGGGGAGUUUUUCAUUUCUUCAGCUUCCUCAAUGAGGUUGCAGCUAUCUUCCAUACUAGGUGUUGUGCCAAACUUUUCCCUAGAUGGAAGAUACCUAGCAGCCUCCGAUGGUUCUAGGAUCUUUGUUUUGGAUACGACGAAGAAGACUCCUGAAGUUGCCCCUCCUACUGUGCGGACAAAAUUAUUCGGUCUCAUACACAGAGAGUUACGCCCUUGUGAGGUGCACGUUGCUACUGAGGAAUAUCCGAAUCAUUGGUUCAACAUUGAACUAAAUUGUGAGAGAAUCGGCAAUUUGGCCUUUUCUCCGAAUGGAAAGGUUCUAGCGACCUGCAUGCACCCCAAGGAAAACGUGUCGAUCUGGAAAAUUGUUCUUUGGGAUAUUGUUGAAUCCAAAAACGGGACUUUCAAACUCGAAAAUUUUCGCACGAUUGGGGAAUUCCAUCGUGACAUUCGUAGCGAUAAUCAACACAUGGCGUUUUCCCCUGACGGGACGUUUUUGGCAUGCUCUUCCAUCAGCAAUAGAAUGGUCAGGCUCUGGAAAGCUGAUAUAUGA